CGAGUUUUUAACCAGUGACAACCAUUCAUUCCCUAGCCCGUCGCGCAUACUGACAGGUAGAGCCGGUGUCUCGGGCAGUUGAAUCCCCCCCUCUUCCCCUCCCAGCAUGGCUGCAGACUCGAUGGAGAUUGACGACUCUCUUUACAGCCGCCAGCGAUAUGUGCUGGGAGACAGUGCUAUGCACCAGAUGGCCCAGUCCUCAGUCUUUCUCAGUGGAAUGGGAGGACUGGGAAUCGAGAUCGCAAAGAAUAUCGUCCUGGCUGGCGUGAAGGCGGUCACCCUUCACGACACUAAGCGGUGUGAAACCUGGGACCUGGGCUCCAACUUCUUUAUCCACAAUGAGGACGUGUUGAGCCAGAAGAGGAGGGUUGAGGCGGUGUGCCCCCGGGUCGCAGAGCUGAACCCCUACGUCCACGUCGACGUCUCCUGCGAGGCUCUGGACGACAACAACGACCUCAGCUUCCUCGGAAAGUAUCAGUGUGUGAUUCUGACGGAAGCUCGAUUGAGUCUACAGAAGAGAGUGAACGACUUCUGCCACUUCCAUCAACCUCCCAUCAGAUUCAUUGGCUGUGACGCAUACGGCAUCUGUGUGCGGGUCUUUUGUGAUUUUGGAGAGGAGUUCGAGGUGUCUGAUCCCACAGGAGAGGAGCCCAAGGAGAUUUUUAUCCAAAGUAUCACUCGGGACAACCCCGGGGUGGUGACCUGCAUGGACAACCAACCCCACGGCCUUCAGACGGGUCAGAGUGUCAUCUUCAGAGAGGUCAACGGCAUGGCGGAAGUGAACGGCACCGCUCGGCCUAUUGCAGUCCUUUCCCCUCACAGCUUUGAAAUAGGAGACACAUCCCAACUACAACCAUAUCAACAUGGAGGUUUCUUUGUUCUGGUGAAGACCCCAAAAACAUACAGAUUUGAGACAUUAGAGAGACAGUUGUGUGAUCCCCAUGUCCUCACACCAGACUUCAGUAAACCCGAGGCCCCUCUACAGAUCCAUGCAGCCAUGUUGGCUCUGGACACCUUCCAGGAGCAGCACAGCAGACUCCCCAACACCGGGUGUUCACAGGAUGCUGAGGUUUUACUGAAGCUAACGGAGGAAGUGAACGAAACUCUCAGGAACAAAGCUUCUGUGAACGUCGAGUUGGUGCGCUGCCUGUCGAGAACAGCGAGGGGAACUCUCCCUCCGUUAGCAGCGGCUGUGGGAGGUCUGGCCAGCCAGGAGGUGCUCAAAGCCAUCACGGGCAAGUUCGCGCCACUGCAGCAAUGGUUUUAUCUGGACGCCGUCGAGGUGGUCCGGCCGCUCCAGUCCGUUGCUGCCGAGGAGUUCUUCCCGAGGGGCGACCGCUACGACGGCUUGCGUGCCUGCAUCGGCGAAUCCAUGUGUGUGAAACUGCAUAAGCUCAGGGUGUUCAUGGUGGGCUGCGGGGCCAUCGGCUGUGAAAUGCUGAAGAACUUUGCCCUGCUCGGCGUGGGAUUAGCUAGCAGCUCAGGAGAGGUAUGCAUCACGGACCCCGACCUCAUAGAAAAGUCCAACCUCAAUCGGCAGUUUCUCUUCAGACCACAACACAUACAGAAACCGAAGAGCACCACGGCAGCAGAAGCUACCCUUGAGAUCAACCCCGAACUGCAGGUGGACGCUCACCUCCACAAGGUGUGUCCCGCCACCGAGAGCAUCUACAAUGACUCCUUCUACUGCCGCAUGAACCUGGUGGUCACCGCGCUGGACAACGUGGAGGCCCGCCGAUACGUGGACAGCCGCUGCUUAUCCAAUCAGAGACCUCUUCUUGACUCUGGCACCAUGGGAACGAAAGGACACACAGAAAUCAUCGUGCCAAAUUUGACCGAGUCCUACAAUAGCCAUAGGGACCCCCCGGAGGAGGAGAUCCCAUUCUGCACCCUCAAGUCCUUUCCUUCCGUCAUAGAGCACACCAUUCAGUGGGCCCGAGACAAGUUUGAGAACCUUUUUGCACACAAGCCCUCCAUGUACAACUCGUUCUGGCAGACGCAUCCGUCUGUCGAGGUGGUGCUACAGAGGAUGCAGAUGGGGGAAAGUCUGGAGGGGUCAUUCCAGGUCAUUAAGCUGCUCAGCAAGCGGCCCAGCCGGUGGGAUCAGUGCAUCACCAUCGGCCGUCUGAAAUUUGAAAAAUAUUUCAAGCGAAAGGCCCUGCAACUGUUGCACUCUUUCCCCCUAGACACAAGAUUAAAAGAUGGAAGUUUGUUUUGGCAGUCCCCGAAAAGACCUCCAGCACCUGUUGAUUUUGACUUGAAAGACUCCCUGCACUUCAGCUUCGUUGUCAGCACUGCCCGGCUCUUUGCUGGGAUUUACAACAUCCCAUACUCACCAAAGGACAUUACAGAAGAAGAGGUGACCAGGCUUCUCGCAGACGUCAAGAUUCCUGAGUACAGGCCCUCAGAGAAGUGCAUAGAGACCGACGAGACGGCAAAGAAACCCGAUUCGGUGAAGCUGCCUCUAAGCAGCGAGGAAGAGAGGGAGGCCAUUGCACAGCUGGAGCACGCCAUCGCCACCAACAACGUCACAGCAGACAGGUUACAGGUGAGCCCGCUGCAGUUUGAGAAGGACGACGACCGCAACGGCCACAUGGACUUUGUCACGGCGGCGUCCGCCCUCAGAGCCAAGAUGUACGCCAUCGAGCCGGCCGACCGACUCAAGACCAAGCGGAUCGCCGGCAAGAUCAUCCCUGCCAUCGCCACGGCAACGGCUGCUGUGGCUGGACUGGUGGCCCUGGAGUUAAUCAAGGUGGUCGGCGGCUAUGAGUUUGAGUUGUUCAAGAACUGCUUCUUUAACCUGGCCAUCCCCGUCGUGGUGCUCACGGAGCCUGCGCCCGUUAAACAGUCACUCAUCAGGGACAACAUAUACUUCUCCAUCUGGGACUGUUGGUCUGUCUUUGGCCACGAGGACUUCACCCUCUCUGACUUCAUGAAUGCAGUGAGGGAAAAGUAUGGCAUCGAACCGACUAUGGUCGUCCAUGGUGUCAAAAUGCUCUACGUGCCUGUGAUGCCGGGACACUCAAAGAGACUCAAGCUAACAAUGCAGAAGCUGAUCAAGCCAUCCGGGGACCGCCGCUACGUGGACCUCACCGUGUCGUUCGCCCCGGAGGCAGACGGCGACGACGACUUGGCGGGCCCCCCCGUCAGGUACUUCUUCAGCCGCAACGGAGAGACCCCCUGAGGGCUUCCCGGGUCCUGGCCCCCAGCCUCUUGUGUCCUUACUCCUCCCUUCUUUCAUGGAAAUUUGUUGUACCACAAUACCCUGGGCCAUGGCGUAGAGCUUUCUUUUAGGGGUUUUUUCUACAGGGGCCAUAACACCAGCCCCCAACCCCCCCAAUCUCUGUACCUGCUGGAACAAGAAGAGGCCAGUUCAGAGCUUUUCGUGACCCAGAUUUAACCAACGUGAGGCUGCUUGAGUAGCACUUACCUGUACUUUUGUACAUAUAUCUCCUGUUCUGUUUUCUACUCCAGUCACACAAAUAAAGCACAGCUGUUGGCUGUGUUAAUGCCUUAAUUGAUUACUAACUUCUUCUUUUGUCCGUUUGUGGCAGUGAGUGUGACUAAAAACUGUAACAAGCCAUCUCCCAAACGCAUAAGCCCAUUAGUCUUGUUUUUUUGAGUGUGCUGGUCCUAACGGGUGGAGGAGCAGGGGGGGGGGGGUGUUGAAAGGUAUUAGAUCUCAUUGCCAGCAACAGAAUGUGAUGUUGAUUUGUCAACAGUUGCUAAACCUCCAGAUCAACGGACCACCACUGUGUGCAGUUCAUUGCUCUCUCUGUUAAACACACGUUUCUCUCUCAGGAAGGGGGAGCUGGGGGAGAAGGGGGAGGGAGGUCGGGUAUUGUGCCAACAUCACAGGGCAGAUUUGCAUUGCACUUAGUUCAUGGAUUGGAGCAACCACUAAUUGUAGUUGCUACUCCUAUCCAGCAUGUUGAAUACUUAAUUACAGCAUUGACUCCAAUUAACACGUUUGGGUAGAUGACGUAAUGGCUUGGCUUCCAUCAUGUUCAGAAAGACAUCUGUACCACCCUCCCGUUUUAUUUAACACACAAGCUGUUUUUUUUUUUUUUUUGCAUCGGUUUAUGGGUGGGUGUGUCCAUGGCAGUUAUUUAUAUCGUUUUUUUUUUCCUUGUGUCAAACUGAGCCUUUGUUGAGCUCUGUAGUCGUAGUAAACAGGUUUAUUGUGAAACAACAAAAUAAAAAAGUGAAUCAUU